CCUGCCCGUUUUCACACAAUUUUAACCUUUUCUGUGCCGCAGGUGGGAGCAGCGGGACCUCGCCAUGGCCCUGGCAGACCCCGCGGGCUGUGCCAGCGAGGACAGCGCCCCGUUCCCCGACAUCAUCGAGCUGAACGUGGGGGGACAGGUGUACAUCACCCGGCACCCCACGCUGCUCAGCGUGCCCGGCUCGCUGCUCUGGCAGAUGUUCACCCAGAAAAACUCGCGCUCGCUGGCCCGCGACAGCAAGGGCCGCUUCUUCGUGGACAGGGACGGGUUUUUGUUCCGCUACAUCCUGGAUUUCAUGCGGGACCGGCAGCUGGUGCUGCCCGAGCACUUCCCGGAGCGCGGCCGGCUGCAGCGUGAGGCCGAGUACUUCAUGCUGCCCGAGCUGGUGAAGCUGCUGGCGCCCAAACUCAGCGAGCAGAACUCGCUGGGGGAUGAUCCGUGCCAGAGCGACCCCGAGGAGCCGUCCCCCGGCACCGACACCGCUCGCAGCUUGGGGGCGGGCGCCGCGCUGCCCGGCGGUGCCGGCGGUGCCAGCGGUGCCAGCGGUGCCAGCGGUGCCGAGGGGAGACGGGCCGGGUUCAUCACCAUCGGCUACCGAGGCUCCUACACGCUGGGCAGGGACAGCCAGACGGACGCCAAGUUCCGCAGGGUGGCUCGGAUCAUGGUGUGCGGCAAGACCUCGCUGGCCAAGGAGGUUUUUGGGGACACCUUGAACGAGAGCAGGGACCCCGACAGGCCCCCGGAGAGGUACACGUCCAGGUACUACCUCAAAUUCACCUUCCUGGAGCAAGCCUUCGACAAACUGGCCGAUGCCGGCUUCCACAUGGUGGCCUGCAACUCCACGGGCACCUGUGCCUUCGCCCACGAGCAGACGGACGACAGGAUCUGGACCUCUUACACCGAAUAUGUUUUCUAUCGUGAGUGACACACAAAACCGACCCUCCACCAACCAACCAAGCACCGAUUGUCCCUUUCCUGUCCCGUGCUGGCUGUGGCCUAGAAGGUAGAGAUCCGUCCCCGAAUCCCGGCGUCCUCCCCGUGCCUCCUUUUUCAGUUGGUUCUUGGGGUUUUGUUUCCCUCCUCCUUGCUCCACGGUGAACCCGCCCAGCUCUUCCUGCUGACCACCAACCUUCCUCCCUCUCUCCGGCUUCUGCAACCCUCCCUGGAUGUGUGGACUCGGACACUGCUGUGGACGUGGGCUGGGGUGGGAGGGCUGGGACGCUGCUCCAGGCUGGAAUUCCUGCAGCUGGAUGGGCUGGGACGCUGGACUGGGCUCUCUGUCCAUCUGGGACCUGCCAUGGGGGGGAGCUGGGAGAGGGAAUCCU